AUGUCGGUGUCCACCAACGAAACACUUCCAGUCAGCGACUUCCGUCCCAGUGCGAAGAAAAAUGAGUCCGAGGGCACGUCGUCGGCGUCGUCCUCGGGCCAACCUCGUUCUUCCCCCGAAAAGCCGUUCACCAGAACCUUCUUCCAACGCAACGAUCCCCAGAUGGCUCGAGCGCGCGUCAUCUAUAUAAAGGGUUAUAUUGGUGGCACGGUUUUGGUUAUCGUGACGAUAUUUGCCGUUUUCUCCAUAUAUUGGGGCGCCUUGUGGAGGGUCCCUUGCCGGCCGCUGGAGACUUGGGUUGUGGAUUUCGAUGGUGGCAUCGUCGGCCUCUCAGUUGUUCAAACUUUAUCUGCAAUGUCUAGUAACGACAUUCAGUGGGCUACCAUUCCUGCAAGUCAAUUCCCUGAGGGAAUCGAUCAACUUGCCCAUGAAAUCGUUGACGAAGCAGCAUGGGCCGCCGUUGCGAUCAACAGUGGGUCUUCGCGGGCUCUGGAGGCUUCUUUGUUAAACCCAAAUGCUUCCUACGACUCAUCAAGCGUCAUGACACUCUUAGCGGAUGAGGGACGAAAUGAAAAUGCCUAUCGAAAUUUGAUCCGACCGACCGCUCAAAACCAAUUAGAUGCCACCUCAACUAUCUUCGCCGCCCAGUUCGCCAGACAAAUAGCGAAUUUAUCAACUUUACCACAACUGAUGGCAACGUCUCCUCAAACAGUCGUCAAACCUAUAUCCUAUACGAUUAACAACCUAGUCCCAUUUGCCCAGCCUGUUGCGACUGCCGCGACGUUCGUUGGUCUCAUCUAUGUUCUAAUUCUAUCUUUCUUCAUAGUUGUGAGCGAUCAGCUGUCUCCUGGCAAAGACUUCGACGUAUUGAUCCUGACUCUUAUACAAAAGAUGAUUGGUUGGGGUGCUCGUGAAGUAUCCGGCUUAGAAAGGACCUUGACAUACCGCUCCCUUGUCACCUUGCGUUUGAUCUCCUGCUUCAUAGAUUACUUUUUCGUCGCCCUCUUCUAUUCUCUUUUAAAUCUCGCAUUCAAACUUGACGUCUUCCGAAACGGUCUAGCCCUGGAAUCUGUCAUAACUAUUCUGAAGCCUCGUUUCAUCCCGUUCUUCAUGAUCUUAUGGGUCAUCGCCAAUGUGUCUGUGUGCGUCUACCCAAUCGACACUCUUCCAAGAUUAUAUCGAUAUGGAUACGCGGCACCAUUCUAUAACAUUUCACGAUCAAUAAGAACUAUCGCCUUUGGCACCAAAAAUAAUCUGGCGCUUAAUUUUGGUGUUUUGAUUGUUUGGGUGGCAAUUUCGUGUGUGACGCUCCCUGUCUUCCAGUGGUAUGCCCGACGGAAGCAGAUGGCGGAGGUAGAGGAGGCUUCUAAGCCCCGUGAGGUUCAGGACACAACUGGCCAACUUAGAAAAGAAAUGGUCAUCAAUCUGAGUGGGAACGAAGAGUCUGCGUACUUCCCAGAACGUCGUGAAGCUUGCCGGGUCGCGAGUGAGUCAACUCGGGAACAACAUGGAAAGAAACACACUACCAUCCCGCAGGCAAGGUUCCGAUGCUUGCAAGCGGGUAGUACGCAAUCCAGAGGGGAUCGGUACAACCAAAUACAGUGCGGUUCCCUCUACAUGUCGUCCACCAAUCAGUCGUAG